AUGGUUUCUGGGUGGAGCACAAAAGGUUAUAUGGCAUGUCCUGUAUGCAAGGAAGAUGUAACUUCUAGUUGGCACGCUAGAAAAGUUUGUUACCUUGGUCAUCGGAGAUGGUUGCCAUGGGACCAUGAGUGGAGGGAAAAAGAUAAAGAGUUCGACGGGAACACAGAGCGUCGCCUUAGACCCAGAGAAUGGUCCGGUGAUGAGAUAUUGGACCAGCUUAACCGGUUGGAUUUUGCUCUCUUCGGGAAAACAGUUAGUUGUAUCAGACCUUCUACACAUAUGAACUGGACGCACAAGCCUAUGUUUUUUGAGCUCCCAUAUUGGUCGAAACUAAAAUUGAGGCACAAUCUAGAUGUGAUGCAUGUUGAGAAGAAUGUAUUCGACACAUUGGUGGGCACGAUUCUAGAUAUCGAGGGGAAGACAAAAGACACGAUCAAAGCUCGUCUUGAUUUGGAAAGAAUGGGCAUACGAAGGGGUUUAUGGAUGAAUAGGGACAAUGAUAAAGCUAGAAGGGAUCUUGCAUUCUUUUCUAUGAAACCGAAUGACAAGAAAAAGUUUCUAAAGUUUGUAUCGUCAGUAAAGUUUCCCGAUGGGUAUGCUUCUAAUAUCGCACGUUGUGUGAAUGUUGACGGGGGUAAAUUUACUGGACUUAAGAGCCAUGACUGCCAUGUGUUUAUGCAACGCCUACUUCCUGUUGGUAUUCGACACCUAUUGCCGGAAGAUGUAGUGAAGCCAAUCAUUUUGUUGUCCAGAUUUUUUUCCCAACUGACGGCAAAAACUUUGCGAAAAACGGACAUGUUUCAGUUGCGCCAUGACAUUGUCCAAGUCCUAUGCAAGUUUGAGAUGAUAUUUCCUCCAGCUUUCUUCACAAGUAUGAUGCACGUGAUGGUUCACUUGCCAGAAGAGGCAUUGCUUGCUGGUCCUGUCAACUAUCGCUGGAUGUAUCCAAUAGAAAGGCUUCUCGGAGAGCUGAAAAAAAGUGUAGGCAACAGGGCGAAGCCCGAAGGAUCAAUCGUAGAGGCUUGGGUUCAAUAUGAGUCGCUUACUUUCUGCGGAAUGUAUUUAAAAGAUGUGGAGACGGUUUUCAAUCGUCCUCAGCGCAAUCAUGACGGAGGUAUGAGAAAUGAAAAACUUUCUGUUUUUGCCCAAAGCGCACGACCCUUUGGAGAUCCUGGACGCGGAGAGUCGUUUUCUAGAAAUGACAUGGAGGUAGCGCAUUGGUUCGUACUGAACAAUUGUGAUGAGAUCAUGGGAUACUUAUAUGAGCAUGAAGAGAUGAUGAAGCGAGAACAUCCAUCACAUUUGGUUGCCCAGAAACACCGUGAAUUGUUUCCACAAUGGUUUUUGGAUUCUGUGAAUAAGUUGAAAUCAUCAAAUUCCCCAACUUACAGUGAUGAGUUAUAUAACUUGGCGUUCGGCCCGAUUCGCGCUAAAUUGUUCUCGGGUUGUAAUGUCAACGGCGUCAAAUUUUUGGGCGAAGCACGAGAUGACAAGUUGUGUACGUAA